AUGACUCGAUUCAAAGAGGAUCCCAAGCGAUGGGGGAGGGGCCAAGGGGCAGCAGAGGGGAGGGUCCGAGGCGCUCCCGUCCGCGAUCUUGCAGACCCAACAGGCCAGUUGUUAGUCAAUGCACUGAGCAAGCAGUGGUGGGACUACUGGUACCCGCCAGGAUUGAGGUGGGCUUCUUGUACUACUGCUCCUAUGUGUGACGGUGUCUGGAGGGAUGGUUUUGGGAGUCAGUCAGGAGACCAUCACAUAGACUCCAGGACAACCGACAGAGACCCAGAGGGACAUCAGCAGGGAGGGUCGAGGCGCUCCUUAACGGGCCGUGGAGAAUGCAGUAAGUUCAGUAGAGAGUGGGGCCAAAACGCUUCCCUGACAACAUGCCCCCCAAGCCCGGGCGCUACUAACGGGAUCCCCACGGAGGAUGCUGCGCUCGCUAACACCACGGGUAAUACUGCCGGAGGGAUGACGAUGGGAGGGGGGUGUUCGGGCAAGGGGCGGCGGUUGUCUCCCUGUGCCCCCCGAUUGGCCGAUAGGCGCGACCGAACAGUGGGGCGGAGCUCAGGCGUGGGUCGAGGUCUGGUGCAGGCGGGUUGCCAUAGCGGAGCAGAGGUGUUUCCUUUGCCCGCCUGCUGGUGCCCGCCAGCUCCACAUGCCCGGUUGGUGCGCUGGCCUUGUCCAGAGUUCUGUUAUGGGCUGCAGACAAUGCUGGGCAGGUUUCUGGAGGAUGGAGAACCUGCCCUGGGUGCUGUGGACCUGCUGACCCCGCGGCCGGCGACACUGUGUGUGGUUAGAAUCCUACAAAGGAAGAGGAAGGGGAAGAAGAAGGAAGAAGAAAGAAGAGGAAAGAAGAAGAAGGAAGAGGAGGAGAAAGAAGAAGGGGAAGAAGGGGAAGAAGAGGACGAAGGGGAAGAAGGGGAAGAAGAGGAAGAAGGGGAAGAAGAGGAAGAAGGGGAAGAAGAGGAAGAAGGGGAAGAAGAGGAAGAAGAGGAAGAAGGGGAAGAAGGGGAAGAAGAGGAAGAAGAGGAAGAAGUGAAGAAGAUGAAACGGAAAGAGGAAGGGGAAGAAGGAAGAAGAAAGAAAAGUGAAGAAGAGGAAAGAAGAAGAAGGAAGAGGAGGAGGAAGAAGAAGGGGAAGAAGAAGAAGAGGAAGAAGGGGAAGAAGAGGAAGAAGGGGAAGAAGAGGAAGAAGGGGAAGAAGGGGAAGAAGGGGAAGAAGAGGAAGAAGGGGAAGAAGGGGAAGAAGAGGAAGAAGGGGAAGAAGAGGAAGAAGAGGAAGAAGAGGAAGAAGGGGAAGAAGAGGAAGAAGGGAGGAAGGAAGAAGAAGGGGAAGAAGAGGAAGAAGAGGAAGAAGGGGAAGAAGAGGAAGAAGGGGAAAAAGAACAGCAGAAGGGGAAGAACCGGAUGA